AUGGCGAUCACUCUUGUUGUUGACAAGUCGGCGUCACAGCGAGCAAGGCAGACCUCGUCGACUCAAAACGGUGUUGGUCGUCUUUGCCCACGUCUCAAGUCUGCCUCUUUGGGCGGGGGCGGAAGCGGGGGCGAAUGGGAAGCGGGUCGACGCGAAGGAGGGCUUGGGGUCGUUCGCCUCGCAACCAGUUUGUUGGGGAAAGCAACAAUCUUGCGAAUGGCUCGCCUCGAAUUGGACACGGCUGUAGAUGGGCCUCACCAAACCGCUAAUGAUCCAUCCCAUCCAUUUACCCAUCCAUCCCUCUCUUCAUCAAUCCAACUACCGUUGAUAUCAGUCAUCCAUUCGUCCAUCCAUCCCCCCACUCAUCUGAUCAUCCGCCUCUCCACUAAAAAAUCAACCACUCCUCCACACAUUCAUCCCUCUCUCCUUCAAUCCGUUUAUCAUUUAGUCCAUUUAUCCACUCGUUUGUCCAUACCCACCAACCACUAA